GAACAUACUUUUAUGUGCAUGGCAGUUGGCAGUUUGGCACACACUUAGCACGCGAUCAAUGGGAGCGGGUUACGACGUCGCUGCGCUUGGCCUUGGCCUGGCCCUGGUGGCAGCGCUGCUGGCGUGCCAGUGCGCGGCGCAGGGGCAGGCUCCAGCGCCGGCGCCGGAACCGGCAGGCAGCGGGGGCUCGGGCUGCAUGCCGGAGCUCGUGAGCCUGUCGCCGUGCAUGGGCUACAUGUCGGGCAACGCAACGGCGCCCGGCGCGACGUGCUGCACGGCGGUGUCCGGCGUGCUGGGGUCGAGCCCGCGGUGCCUCUGCAUGGUGCUCGGCGGCACAGCGGCGACGCUCGGCGUCGCCAUGGACAGCGCUCGCGCGCUGCAGCUCCCCGCGGCGUGCCGGGUCCAGCCCCCGCCCGCCAGCCAGUGCGACUCCAUGGGAGUUCCGGCGGCGUUCUCCUAUCCAAGCAUUGCUCCGGCAGAGUCUGGAUCCAAGGCUACUCCGACGCUCCAAUAUUCCCACGGGAACGUCCACGAAGCAGGAAGAACUGUCGUCUUCGCUAUUGGCGUCGCAGCAAUCGCGCUGAUUCGCGGCGCCUGACACUGACGCAUACCUGGUGGUUGAAGCGGCCAUGGCCUUAAAAAACACCAAAAUGUACAUUAGGUGUGACUAGUUCUUAGUUGAUUGUUCUCAGUCACAUCACGUCAUCAAAUGCAUCAAAUUUUAGUUGGAACCCCUGCUUAUUACUAGCACAAAUCAUGAAGUAAAUCUUACGAUCUGGAUCAUUUUUCUUA